CUGAAUGGCGAGAGAAAUAACAUAUAUGAUGAAUUUGAUCUAAAUGGAAAUAAAAAUCAAUAUUUUAAACUUUGAUAUUAAAUUACUUUGACACAUACUAUAGAUCUAAUGGUAUCAUCUGAGACGUUGAUUUUAAUGAAUUUUACAAGUACAAACCGUUUCAUGUACAUGUAGGUUUUUGAACAGUGUCACGAUUUUAUACAGUAUUAUAGAUAAAUACAGUAUAUUGAAUAUAGUAUUCAGAUGGGACAACCUGUGACGGUCCGGCAUAUAUGUCAGACAUUUAUGAUAUUCAUGGCAUGGAUAACAAAGGGUUUGUACCUGGAAGUAUCAGGACCUUCAAUGAUAGAUCUCAAGUUAAUUUACAAUACCAACUACGAGGCAAUUACUAGGUCUGUUGCUGGACGAGGGGUCGGUGGCUUUCUUGGAGCCUUAGUUGGGGCUUUACUUGUUGACAAGUUCGAGCGACAUUUAGAUGUAUGUAUAGCUAUUGGAACUACAAUCGCAGGCAUGUGUAUUUCCAUGGUGCCGCAUGUACCAACAAUAGAUUAUGUGUGGUUGCUGUACUUUAUGAUUGGAUGCACUAGUAACGCCGUUAAUAUGGGUGGAACUAGAAUUGCUCUGGAAAUUUGGAAGGACAGCAGCUCGAUAGUGCUACAGUUGUUACACAUGGGUUUUGGAAUUGGCGCCCUUUUAGGGCCGCUUAUUUGUUCCCCAUUCCUUGCAGUCAUUGAAAAAGAACAGACCAAUAGUGACAACCCAGUGCCUCAAUAUCACGUGAUCAAAGAGUCACGUGCUCAUCUAGCGUUUCUUGGUAUUGGGGUCUUCACGUGUUGUGUGGCAGUUCCAUUCUUUUUGUUUCAAUUGACAGAUAAACGAUCAUCAGUUGUCAAAGGACCUACGCAAUCAACAUCAUCAAAACCUAAAUCUUUUAAAGAGAUGAUCAACCCUGCCUCUUAUGCCAAUGGGAAUUUCUACUAUGGGCUAGGAGCCUUAGUUUUACUAUUUGUAUAUUUCUUUAAUGUUGUAGGCGGGGAGAAGAUAUUUGGGACAUUUGUUAGAACCAUUUCUGUCGAUGUUUUCCAUCUUGGAAAGUCGGAAUCGUCUUAUCUGAACACUUUGUUUUGGGUGAGCCUUACUGUAGGACGAUUAUUAGGUGCAUUUAUUGCACGUGUUGUGCAUGUUCGGACACUAAUUCUCGUCCAAACAGGUCUACAUCUGUUGUCAGUUAUAACAUUAAAUAAAUACGCACUAGCUGAUCCGAAAAUAUUUUGGUUUUUAACAGUAGUUGAAGGUCUAAUUAUCGCACCAUUAUAUCCACUAGGUGUCGCCUAUGGUCACAAUAUAUUGAAUCUAUCUGGUGUAUGUUUAAUGGUUAUAGUUUUCGCUGGGAGUUUCGGUGAUCUGACAUAUUUAUGGACGGCAGGAAAGAUGUACGAUAUAUAUGGAGGUGCCUCGGUACUACACGCAGCUAGUGUAGCUGCCUGGAUUGUGGUCAUAAGUCUCGUGCUGUUCAGAAUUUUAUCAAAAUUUUCGUCUGCUUCUCAGGUUAAGACUGUGAGUAUCUAAAACUGUGUUCCAUGAAAUCAAAUAAUGAGAUUCCGCCAUGUGUUAUUGAUCAUGAAUUACUUUAUGUUAUUAACUCAACAUGCAACUUAUAAAUCGUUCAAUAUCAAGUAAGCAUAUAUAGGAUAUAUGAUUUAGUUUUAUUGUACUGCUGAAAUUGUACAAACACAUUAAAGAGUAUAUGAGGCUGUAUCUUAUGAAAUAUUUUUACUGUAUAUUUUUUUUCACCGGUAAAAUUGCAUAGUUUUCACGAUCUUUUGAUCGAUUCUCGAAAGAGUUGCACCAUUAAUUGUACGUCAACAGAGUAAAGUGUUCCAGAACAGCUAUAAUUAUGCUGGUACUUUAGGUAGGGUUUGGCAAUAUUUUUGUUCGUAUGCCAUUCGCUUUAAAAGCAGAUCGCUACUAUAUUUCUUUCAUACCAGCAUUUUUGAACUAUUCUUUUUUAAGUUCAGAAAUAUUUUUGCAGCAUAUAUAUAGUUGUAUACACCUUAAAAUUAUCAUAUUAACGGCGCAUUUUUGUAAG